AAUGCUGUGCAAUCACACAUUUCCACCUCCCUUCCCCCAGCUGAAGAAUGAAAAUCAGAGAGAGUAGCCGUGAGAACGUUGUGAAGCAGCUUCAUCCGUUCUGCAUCCCAUCAUCCGUCUCAGUCAGCGUUUGACAAGAGAGAGGCUGCACACUGCCUCAGGGAUCGUGAUUAUGAAUGGGGACACUUUAAAAGCCAAAGCCAAUCACAAACCUCCUAUACCACAAGGGAAGAAAACAUCACCUGUGAAAUCUACAGGAACGCUGGCUGCAAAUUAAAAACAUGAGAAACAGAGGAGAGCUAUAGGAGGAGGAGAUCUGAGCUGCGGUAGCUGAAAAAGGUCUCUGUACAUCUGGAUUCAUCGUACAAGCAUGAAAGUCUGCUGACAAAUCCAAAGAAUCCAGAAAGGUACUUCAGGAGACUGUACACAAGUGGAAAAAAAUGAAUAGUCUGCAAUGCGGUACUGACAAGAUCACCCGAAGUCAUCUCUUGGCUUUGGCUGGUCAUGACACAGCUAUAUUUCCACAGCUUAAAAAGCAACAGAGUGUUUGCUAGCCGGCACUAAAAAUCAUGCGGUGGAAGCGCAGACGCUGCUGCACGCACAUUGCCGUCCUCCUCAUUCUGCUCAUGUGUGUGGGAGGGCUUGUCAUUCUGGGUCAAUGGAGGCACCCUAGGAUUAACCCAGUAACACUGGCUGCUCCAGAGGUCCACAUCAUGAAAACGGACUCCAACUCUAGCACGAUAAAACAGAGUAAGUUGAAAGACCCUGGAGUGCCCCCUAUACCACUAAUGUUUGAGGUCAGCCUGAGCUCGGCUUUGGAUGAAAGUUCACAGCAGGGGUUGGAAACCUCCUUGGGUUCGAAUGUCAGUUUAAGUGGAGAGAUGAGAGCAAAAAGGACACUUAUGGUUGAGCCGUACAAGUACAUCCAUAACGAGCCAUAUGCAUGCAUGCAGAGAGCUCCCUUCUUGGUGCUUCUCAUUGCAGUUGAGCCCAAGCAAGUGGACGCAAGGAAUGCCAUCAGGCAAACAUGGGGCAACGAGAGCUUGGCCGGAGGCUUGAGAUUUGUCCGCCUUUUCCUAAUGGGUGUUAAGGAAGACACCCAGGAAAUAGACAGCAAACUGCAGCGCACCAUAGAGGCUGAAAGUCGUCAGCAUCAUGACAUCAUCCAGCAAGACUACCUGGAUACUUACCGGAACCUCACCAUCAAGACUCUGAUGGGGAUGUACUGGGUCGCAACAUACUGCCCCGGUGCAAGCUACGUCAUGAAGACAGAUAGUGACAUGUUUGUCAAUACUGAAUACCUCAUACAUAAACUGCUGAAGCCCAAGGAGCCACCAAGACAGAAAUAUUUCACAGGGUACCUCAUGAGAGGAUAUGCCCCAAAUCGAAAUAAACACAGUAAAUGGUACAUGUCUCCAGAACUGUACCCCAGUGAGCGAUACCCCAUCUUCUGUUCUGGUACUGGGUACGUGUUUUCAGGUGACAUGGCACACAGGAUCUAUGAAGUGUCUCUAAGCAUUCGCAGGCUGCAUUUAGAAGAUGUUUACGUGGGCAUCUGCCUUGCCAAACUGAGGAUAGAACCAACACCACCACCAAAUGAAUUCCUGUUCAAUCACUGGCGAGUGUCCUAUUCCAGCUGCAAGUACAGCCACCUGAUCACCUCUCAUCAGUUUCACCCCAAUGAGCUGCUCAAGUACUGGCAGCAUCUACAGAGCAACAAGCACAAUGCCUGCAACAACAUGCCAGAUAAUUUUAGGACAAAAUGAGCACAAAAACUUCUCUGGAGACCGAAGUUUGGAUCAAUGUGGACGAAGAACGUUUAGGUCUUUGAGGUUUUGCCAAGCACAACAGAUAAAAGCACAUGAGGGUUUUGGACAACCCUACCUGUAGUUUUUAUUUUUUCAUUGUUGUAACAUUAAAGACAUGUUAUGAAUAUUUAUCUACCUUUAUAAAUUAAAAUGGGUACAAAAAAUAAGCUAUUGAGUUUUGAUAAAUAUUGUGAAGGUGGUUUUAUUUCCAAAUAACUUAUUUUAGAUUUGUAAAAAAGCAGCAUUGUUGAAAAUCACAAAAUCUAUAAAGUAUGAAGCAUGAACUUACCUACGAUGCCAAUUAAUUAUUUUCCCCCUAAAUGAUCAAUAGGCAUCAAUCAUGAAACACGAGCAGCAUAAAUGUGUAAAUCGUUCGUAAAUUCGCUGUGACGAAAAUGUUUGGAUUCAUGAAAAUUCUUAUUUUCAAAUUGAUAGUUGGUAUGAACAAAAUUUACACCUGCUUUCGACCAUGUGUAAAUUGCAAGACAUCCAAAGGCUUUUUGUUUUUUUCAGACAAACUACCAUGACUAAGAAUUAAAUCAGUAAAAUUAAUCAUCAAAAAAAAAAAAAAAAACGGUUUGUCGUUUCCUUUUUGAACCAUAUAAAGAAUAAACAAGUUUCUUUAAUACUUGCAUUUAUUUCUUCAAAGUUUAUUCUCAACUCUGCUUCAUAAAUUGUACUUCGUUUUUCCAGUAGAAUUGCCUGGCAUGGGGUGGAAAGUUCAUGGAAAGCCAUAGUUUUUGUUUGAUUUUCUCAAAAAUAAAUGCCCUCUAAUGUAAUUGGACAGUUUCUUCAUUUGAUAUGAACUCUAUAAUUUAGUUUUCAUACUUCAGUAUAGGCAUCGAGAAAUUGCAUUCAGUAUGGUCUAAUGAAGUUAAGCUAUAAAUAAACAUGUCAUGGGCAGGCACACAAUACAACGUAAAUAAUAGAAAAAAGCCCUGCACACUGUUGUAGCUUGCAAAUCUUUAGUAGCUUACAAUAUUUGGGUCCAAGAUCUUCCUCAGGCAUCCCAUUAAUUUCUCUGAUGAUUCUUCCAGUUGCAAGUAUAAAACUGUUAUCAUCAUGAUUUACACAACAAGUUUCACCAAUGAUACUGGCGAUGUGCUCGACUAAACUUAUGUUAAUGGUGGUGGACAUCCUCCUGCCGGCAUGAACUGAACAUUUUUUACAUUAAAGCUUCAAAUCAAACCAUUUUUAUUCACCUCUUAGACAGUUUGAUUAAAUAAAUAACCUCUGGCAGUCAGAACAUACAAUGACAUAAGUUUCUCAAUUUCUUUAACCAU